AAAGUGCGAGCAAAUUGUUCAGGACGAUAUGACUUUACAUAAAUACGUUUCUGUUUCCCGUCCACUGUAGCGGUUUCCUUUGUCGUAAAUGUUAGCUUAGCAAGCCAAGCUAGCUAACAAGCUACAGGGACUUUUCCUCCACAGACUUCAGAGCAGAGAGGAUCCUGAUGGCUUCAACCUCUGCAGCUGAAAAAGCGACAUGGAGUGAAGGUGAUCGAUGUCUAGCUCCAAACCCAAGUGAUGGCGCCCUGAGAGAAGCCAUUGUCCAGAGACUGACCUCCUCCUCUGAACAUAAUGAUACAGCAUGGGUGAUAUUCACUGACCUGAAUCAAGAUGCAGAAGAGGAGGAAGAAGAAGAGGAGGAAGCCGUACCUGUCUCAAAACUGGUGAAACCAGGUUUGAAUCACUUCACCCAGGAGAAACCCAUGUUUCCCAGCAGUGUCACGGACCCCAGGCUGUGGGUCCCACUACGGCUAAGUGACGUUAACAAGGACCAAGUUCCUUACACUAUCAACAGAUACCUGCGGGAUUACCAGAGGGAAGGUAUCCGGUUCAUUUACCACAACUAUAUCCGGUCCAGAGGCUGUGUACUGGGCGACGACAUGGGCCUGGGAAAAACUGUGCAGGUCAUUGGUUUUCUUGCCGCUGUGUUGCACAAAACAGGCACAUGGGAGGACGUCAAGAACAACAGGCCCCAGUUUCUGCAGAGCCAGAUGCCCUCCAAGCAAAGUAAUCCCGGCAAAGUGUUCCUCAUUGUGGCCCCACUGUCAGUGCUUUACAACUGGAAAGAUGAACUGGACACGUGGGGUCACUUUCAGUGUGUGGUGGUCCACGGCCUGAGGAAAGAGGAGGAGCUGGCUCGCAUCAAGAAAGGCCGUGUGGAGAUUGCUCUCACCACCUAUGAGACUCUUCGCCUCUGUCUGGAUCAGUUUAAUAAGAUACACUGGUCUGGUGUGGUUGUGGAUGAGGCACACAAGAUAAAAAAUCCAAACUCUCAGAUCACUCAGGCCAUGAAGCAACUGAGAUGUAAGAUCAGAAUUGGUCUCACUGGCACCAUCUUACAGAACAACCUUGAGGAACUAUGGUGUGUCAUGGACUGGGCAGUGCCAGGUUGUCUUGGCAACUUAGGGCAUUUCAAGAACAAUUUUUCAGACCCCAUUGAGCAAGGUCACAAGUACAGUGCAACCAAACGUGCCUUGGCUACAGGGAGGAAGACAGUCAAAGCCCUGGUGAGGAAGAUUUCUCAUGUGUUCUUCAGAAGGACUAAAGCUCUCAUCAAAGAACAGCUGCCCAGGAAAGAUGACAGGGUGGUGUAUUGCUCUCUGACAGACUUUCAGCAGACUGUGUAUCAGACAGUGCUGGACACUGAAGAUGUGACGUUACUGCUGAGGGCUUCAGAGAAAUGUCACUGCCGAAGUGGACGCACCCGCAGGAACUGCUGCUAUAAAGCAAACUUGGCAGGUGUUGAAAUGAAGUAUCUGUACUUUAGCUACCUCGCCAUAUUGAGGAAGGUUGCCAACCACGCAGCUCUGCUUCAGUCAACUGCAGGCACCAGCAAGAAACAGGAGAAGUAUGUGAGUGCCGUUUGUGUGAAGGUAUUCCAGAAGUUUCCAGACUUUGUGCAGAGAUGCAAAAACGAAGCAUUUGAAGCCUUGUCAGACCCAAUGUACAGUGGGAAAAUGAAGGUUUUGCAGAAGCUGCUCAAGUAUUAUCUGCAAAAGAGAGAUAAAGUCCUCGUUUUUUCACUCUCGACCAAGCUGCUGGAUGUGCUGGAGAGCUACUGCAUGGCAGAGGGACUGGACUUCAGCAGGCUGGACGGAACCACCAAAGCCAAAGAGAGAGUCCAGAUUGUCAAAGACUUCAACAGCUCGUCUCACAUCAACCUCUGCCUGGUUUCCACCCUGGCAGGUGGUCUCGGUCUCAACUUUGUAGGCGCUAAUGUGGUGGUGCUGUUCGACCCCACCUGGAACCCAGCCAGCGACCUACAAGCUAUUGACAGGGCGUAUCGUAUCGGCCAGUGCAGGGAUGUGACUGUUCUUCGGCUGAUAUCUUUGGGGACUGUAGAAGAGGUUAUCUACCUCCGACAAAUUUACAAACAGCAAUUGCAGUCCUCAGUUGUUGGCAAGGAGAGCGCCCGGCGGUAUUUCGAAGCAGUGCAGGGGCAUGGCGUCCAUAAGGGGGAACUGUUUGGGAUCAAAAACCUCUUCAGGCUGCAGACCCAAGGGACGUGCCUCACUCACCAGAUUCUAGAGCGAGAAGGACGAGUGGAGGCCGGCGUAAUGACAGCAAGCACACACAGAGGCGAGGAGAAGGAGGAGGAGACGAAGGGAGUUGGCGUAUCUGGAGGUUCUUCGCCUACAGUUGAUCCUUUACCAAAUGAUGAACCAACAAAGGACAACAGAGGUGCAUCAAAGGUUCCCGAAGGGGUGCUGGACUUCAGCAGUGGGAGUGAAGAGGAUGAGGAGGAGCAGGGGCUGAAGAGAAAGGCCUCAAAGCCCAGUGCAGAUGAUGAUGGCAACAGGAGUGGAAAUGCUUCCACCAGUCCUGGUCGAAUGACUCUCCUCCAGCAUGGUUUUUCAAAACUCCUAGAAAGAGUCAAACAAAAGCCAGAGUUAGCAGACGGGGACAGCAGUUCAGGGGCCGAAGGAAGCUCAUUUGAGGGAGAUGCUGCGGAUCAGAAGUGCUCCAAUGCAGGCAAUGGUGCUGCUGGUAUCCCUAAAUUUGGAGCAAAAACCUGGGACACAUCCAGCGGUUCAGACAGAAAACUCUUGAACGAGGGUGAUAGUGCAGCAAGAGGGAAACAGGGCCCGAAACAGUGGAUCAAUGGAAAAAUUACAAUUGGUGAAGACAGCGAUGAAAACUCUUCACCAGACAAAAAGAAAGCUAAUAACCUCAAAGCUACCGUUCCAAAAACGCGUCACUUUGAGGGUUGCUCGGAUGAAUCUGAGGAUUUGGACUUAGAGGCAAAGAUGUGGUCAAAGAAAGACGCUUCAGAUACACAUGACAGAGGAGGCGAAAGGGGGAAAGGAAAGCUGGACGGCAGCAAAAAGAAGCAAAGUGUGAGUGUAAGGAACAAGGCAAGAUACUCAGACAACAUAGAGACAUUCACAUCUUCAGAGGAUGAACGUGAAACUCCACAGAAAGAAAGAUGCAGAGCUAAACCGCCCAAACAUGGGCAAAGAGCUGCAGCAGAGACACAAGCAGGGAAAGAGGUUUCAUUUACAAGUCUGAAAAGUGAGAAAUCUCCAGCAUCUAAAGACAAGAAUGGAAACAUAGACAGUGUGCUAGGCGGCGUACAGGAGGUGCUCUACACCCACUCCAACCAGCGCGUGGUGGGCGGGAGCAGAGCAGAGGAGCUGAUCAGCAGAGCCGCUGUACGAGACGUGUUUGAGCGCAAAAUGUACUCGCAGCUUCCGGCCAAUCACCUUCUGGGCACCCAAGAGAGUCUGUCAGAGAGCUUCCCAGACAGUGAGCCCUGCCCUGCCACUCCCACGGUGCAGGAGCCCAGCGUGGAACAUGAAGUCACCUUUACCAGAAAGAGUGUGCACCACACCAGACACACCACCUUCAUCAUCGGAGAGACUCCCAAAGCCAUACGCAGGCAGCAGCUGGAGGAAAUGGCAGAAAAGUUCAAAUUUCCCUCAGUCCGUCAGUUUGCAGUUGAGAUUCUGAGCAGGGACUCGACCCAGAGAGUGGCCUGGCUGCAGCAGUAUUACACUUCACUGAACCACCCCGAUCUGGCCAGUACAGUCUCAGACAACUUCCCACAACCUGCUUCAGCAAAAACCUCCUGCUUUUCAUCCACCACCUCUUCACCGUCCACAAAAACAAGUGCCACAAAAUGCCGUUCCGGGACCAGAACCCCUAAAAAGGAUGUUCCAAAAGCCACAAAAAUUGCAAAACACACUCGGGAGAUUCCGGAACCCAAAACUAACCCCGAAGCUUCCCGAGCCGACGUUUCUGUGCCACUGAAGAGGUCUGGAAUCCGGCGAGAGGAUGUUCGAGAACCCCCCAAAAGGCGAAAGAUCUCAGAAAAGAAUGUGCUAGAACCUCUAAGUGAUGUUCCAAGUCCUGAGUCAGAGGAGCAGGAGGAGACGGUCUGCAGUGCCAGAGGACACAAGAGGACAAAGAGGGGUAGUGUUUCCAGUUCUGGAGUCUACAGAGCUGGUGGUGGUCUUGGCGUGGAUCAGGCCAGCAGCAGUGGUCUGGGGUCUGGGGAGGCUGCUGCUGCUGCUUUCCUGAACCACACAGACAGACAUACCCCUUCUUCUUCGGACCUCAGCCAUGGCAGGUCCACCAUGGUGUCCAAACCCGCAGCACCAGGAAGGGAGCGGGAGCCGAAAUUAUCUUCGAGCAUAAAUGAAACUUUACAAGGGCAGAGAGAAAAUUCUCCAGCCCCGUCCACCUCCAGUAAUCGCUCCUUCCUAACAGAUCUGAUAGGAGACACCUCCAUCCUUGACGACUUGUUAAAACCCAAAUCCAAGAGCGCGCAACAGAGAAACGCCCCAAAACCACCCCCCACACCGGCGCCAUCAGCCGACACAAGUUUCGCCGCACCUUCGUCAUCCAGAAACAUUCCUGAUUCAAGCUCACAAACCGCGCACAAGGUCAGGACACCAGCGCAGGCGUCGAAGGGUGGCCGCAAAGACUUCUGGGACAUCCUGAACGAGGGCAACGAGGAGAGCAUCAACAGACUAACGGACCCGGACGAAGUACAGAGAGUUUGCGUAAACACUAACUUAGCCGCUAGAAGUAGGUUUGGACAGAAAGAGAGUAGGAGUCUCUGGAAAACUAACGAGAAGUUCCUGUGGAAAAAAUAAUACAGAAGAGACAUUUUUUUAUUUCAGCUGUUUUAAAUUUUUAGUUAAGUUUUAAAGGAUUUAUUUUUUUAAAAGCUAAAUAUUUAGCCCAAGUUUUCCUACCUCUAAUUUACUCGUCUUUUGUUUGAUUAUUUAAAUUUCCAUUUAUACUUUUUUUUUUAUUAACGUGCACUGAUUAAGUGAGUUACUGACAGAAUGUUGAUUGUUAAUUAAAUAAACAGGGUGUUAGCCACUCUGGAAAUGUGAA